GAAAAGGGAUGUCGGCUCGUGUGUCUGUGUCUUACAAGCAGAGAACGAGGCAGUUGCCUUUCUCAUAUUACCAAGAGGCACAAGCAAGGAAGGAGUAGCUGCCGUUUUACGGCAACGUCAGGAUGGAAAUGAAACAGGAAACGUGUGACGUAAGUGCCACGGAGAUAAUGACUGUAACAGUUAAAGAGGAGGACUGUGAGUGGGGGUCCGUCCACUCCGAACAGGAGAGUCUGGGCGUUACAGAUGAGGAUUAUGAACUGGUGACCGUGGGCAUUAAAGAAGAAGCCGAGGAGACAGCGGUCAUCGGCGAGAUGCACAAACAUAGAAGCGUGGAGCCCGUUGACUUCAAGGUGAGGUCUGAGCCCUUCAAGUCUGACGCAAAGAGGACCGAGGAGAUCUCGUCAGGAGCAACGGACAUUUUGACAUCGGCUACUUCUCACAUCAGUCCUGUGAAACUAAUGAGAACGGAUAAAAGCGGCACUCAACAACAGAUGCACAGUACAAGUUCAUCAGAUUUGUCUGAUGUCCAAGAGCAGAAGAACAGUUUAAAUCCAAAAUCUACAGCCAGUGAUAACCGGAGCAGCCCUUCAAGUAAGAAGCCACACUGCUGUACUGAAUGUGGCAAACGCUUCUCUUGUAGUAGCCUACUUAAGAGUCACAUGAGAAUUCACACUGGAGAGAAGCCUUAUUGCUGUUCUGAAUGCGACAAACAAUUCUCCCAAAUGAGCCACCUUCGAACCCACAGACGAAUUCACAGUGGAGAGAAACCAUACUGCUGUUCAGAAUGUGGCAAGCAAUUCUCGCAAUCGGGCAGUCUUUAUAACCACAGAAGAAUCCACACGGGGCAGAAGCCAUUUACCUGUGCCGAGUGUGGCCAAAAAUUUGUUAGCAGUAGUACUCUUCAGAUACACACAAGAAUUCACACUGGGGAGAAGCCAUAUUGCUGUUCUGAAUGCGGCAAGCAAUUCUCCAAAAUAGGCAAUCUUCAGGCCCACCAGACCAUUCACACCGGGGAGAAGCCAUAUUGUUGUUCUGAGUGUGGAAAAAAAUUCUCAAAGGUUGUCAAUCUGAAGAAGCACAGAAGGAUUCACACCGGAGAACGGCCGUAUUCCUGUUCUGAAUGCGGCAAGCGAUUCUACAGUAGUAGCCACCUACGGAGACAUGCGAGAAUUCAUACCGGAGAGAAGUCUUACUGCUGUGGGGAAUGUGGAAAACGGUUCACCACCAGUAGUAACCUUCAGCAACACACAAAAGUUCACACAGGAGGCAAACCUCACUGCUGUUCAGAGUGUGGCAAGCAGUUUUUUGACAGGAGCACCCUGCUGAGACACAUUAAAAUUCACACCGGAUUGAAGCCAUAUUGCUGCAAUGAAUGUGGCAAACCAUUCUCGCGAAUGAGCAAUCUGCAGAGACACACAAGAAUUCACACCGGAGAACCCCGUGAAAAGCUCUACAGCUGUUCUGAAUGUGGCAAAAGUUUCUCCCAGAGGAGCCAUCUUCACCGUCACAAAGUCAUUCACACCGGAGAGAAGCCAUACUGCUGUUCAGAAUGUGGCAAGAGAUUCUCACGGACCACCAGUCUUCAGAGCCAUCAAAGAGUUCACACAGGCGAGAAGCCGUAUUGCUGUUUGGAAUGUGGCAAACACUUCUGCGACAGUACGACGCUUCAGAGACACGCGAGAAUUCACACGGGAGAGAAGCCAUAUUGCUGCUUGCAGUGUGGCAAACAGUUCUCCCACAGGAGUACUCUACGGGUGCACAUUAGAACUCACACUAAGGAGCGACCGUAUUCCUGUUCGGAAUGUGGACGAGGAUUCUGUCACAGGAGUCACCUCUGGAGACACAUCAGAAUUCACAACGAAGAGAAACCGUAUUGCUGUAAUGAAUGCGGCAAGAAAUUUUUGCGUAUGAGCCAUCUUCAGAGCCACACGAGAAUUCACACCGGAGAGAAGCCCUUUUGCUGCUCUGAAUGUGGCAAACAAUUUGCACACAUGAUCAGCCUUAAAAGACACUCUACGGUUCAUACGGGAGAGAAGGAGUAAGUUGGUGGGUCAAGAAGUAAGAAGUGGAGGAAAGGAGUAAAUACUCGAAUCUUUGAGUAGCUUCAUGUCGGGGGGAGCUUCGUUCCCCCUCCCCCAGAUCCAUACAAGAUCUCAUCAAGAUAAAACUACCCUUGUAGUUUGAAAAAGAUUUCAAUUCAUACUGGACCCUUUGUUCCCCAGAAUUUAAAGGUGUCCGCCCUUUGUCCCGGCACUAGGGUAAGGUGAUGGCGAUAGCAAUAGUGCAACGUCUUAAGAUGAAGUGGGAGAAGACAUCCAAUGUGGUGUUAGUCUCAAUGAACAGUGUUGCUGGCUCCCCCCAAAUGUGACAGUCAAGGACACAAGAGCUUCACUCGAGUAAUAAAUUAAGAGAAGCGGACACUAUCCAGGGGUCAUUUGGAGAUGAAGAACAGAUCAUUUGUUGCUACUUUGAUGGAACAAAUCCAGAGUGUCUACCAGGAGGGCUCAAACAACACGGUAAUCCCAGCAUCCAAAUAAAGUAAUAUAACUGAUGCCAA